GAUCCUCGACUGACCUACCCCUUUGCGGUUCGCACUGGCAAGGACGAUGACGUGAUUGUCGGGACCGUCAUUCAGUGGCCCUCCGCAGCGGCAGCGAAAGAGCAGAUUGCAAGCUGCAAUCAAAUCGAAGGUUUUCGCGCAAGUCAGCCGGAGGCUGGCCUUUACCGAAGAGCUUUGGUUAAGGCGCAGCUGAAGGAUUCCACGGCGCCGCCAUUAGACGCCCUGAUGUACCAUCAGAUUUGGCCGUCUGAAAUGCUCCGCGCAGUGAAGGAGUUUCCGGAUGGAGACUGGCUAGCAGGAGCUGUGCCAAACGGACGAUGUUGA